AUCUUUGCGCUCUAUCGCCAGCACAAACAAACGACGCCGCGAGUGUUUUGUUUCGCUGGUUUCGCAAGCGACGCAAGCAUCAGCGCGCGCGCGUUUUUCAUUUGCAUUUUACUGCCCGCUCGCUCGCUUGCAGCUUUCUACUCCCUACCAACCAACAACACACGACCUAACAGUGUGUGCGUGCAUUGGUGUGACGCUUACGCAGCACUCGAUAAACGUUGCGGGCAGAGCGAAGUGAAAUCUAUCGGUCGGAUCAGAAAAUCUUCGGCGGUUAUCUUACGUAAAAGUCAUCCAACGACAGUACGACAGUGUUUUGUUUAUCUGAAUCAUCCCAGCGCACAUUUACGCGUUUAUUGCGUGUGCGUCGUGUUUAUUAACGUAACGGACGCAGUGCAAGUGCAAGACGUGCAGGAAACACGUCGGAACAUGUUGAAAACAACCAAAUGUUGAGUAUUUUGUAUAAAUAAAGUGAUUACUAGUGAAAUACAGUGAAAAUAGGGCAAGUAUCAAGUCGAUUUUAUGUUUGCGACGCGUGUAAUACGAAAGUGUUACAAACAAAAACAAGUGGACAUCUAACAUCUGUGCUUGUUUACCCUAGGCAACCCAACACACACCGCGCAAAAUGUAGCACAUACAUGGGACGUAUUUAAAAUUUUCUGUGUUUAUUUUCGUGUGUGUUUGUGUAUAAUUUACAACGUGAUUAUGGAGGCGGCGAGUGAGCGGCGUGAAAAUCCGCCAGGGGAGGCGACAAGUACAAAACGGACGUCUGUUGGGGUUAAUCUCAGAGUGACAGGGCACUGUCAACAAGGAGGUCGUAAAUAUAUGGAGGAUUACUUUGCGGUGGCUUAUCAACAGACCGACGAUGAGAAAGAUCUCGAAUAUGCAUUUUUCGGUAUUUUUGACGGACAUGGCGGAGCGGAAGCUGCUGCAUUCGCCAAGGAACACUUAAUGGAGAUUAUCGUCAAAGACCAGAGGUUUUGGUGUGAAGAUGACGCGGAUGUUCUUACAGCGAUUAAAGAUGGUUUUAUUGAUGCACAUCAUGCGAUGUGGAAAGUGCACGAAAAAUGGCCGAAAACCGCGUCUGGUUUACCCUCAACCGCCGGAACAACCGCAAGUAUAGCCUUCAUCCGCCGUGGGAAAAUCUACGUCGGCCAUGUUGGCGACUCCGGCAUAACCCUCGGCUACCAAAACCCCGGCUGCACCGACUGGCAAGCAAAAUCCCUAACAAAAGACCACAAACCCGAGUGUGAAGACGAACUCGCCCGGAUUGAGCAAUCCGGUGGUAAAGUAAUCGCCAAGAUGGGUGUCCCACGUGUUGUCUGGAACCGCCCCCGCAUUGGUCACAAAGGCCCCGUGCGUCGAUCAACCCCAAUCGAUGAAAUCCCUUUCCUUGCAGUGGCACGCAGUCUAGGCGAUCUCUGGUCUUAUAAUCCAUUCAACGGUGAAUUUGUUGUUUCACCCAAACCGGAUGUCAGCGUGCAUGUCAUCGACACAUCCACAUUUCGAUGUUUAAUCUUCGGCACAGACGGGUUGUAUAACAUGCUCAGCCCACAGAUGGCAGUGCAUAUUGUCCAGGAAGCCGAGAGGCGUAAUGAGGAAGCCACGCUGUUCAGUCCGAACCCACACUGGAUCAACCCGAGUAAAACUCUGGUGGAACGCGCGUUGGAUCGUUGGUGUAAUACAAAAAUGCGCGCGGAUAACACAUCGGUGAUUACACUGAUGUUGGACCCGCCUGGGCCGCCGCGUGCGCAAGUACUACGCACGCAGAGAUUGGAGAGGGAGAAAGCACGGAUGAAUAUCAUGGAGAGGUGUUUGAAGAGUAUACCGAGGAGUGUGACACCGCCUGUUACGCCAUCUAUCGGUAUAGGGAAUAAUACUACUACUAAUACUAAUACUGCUACAACAGUUGGUAGUAAUGUUAAUAUUAAUAGUAGUAAAGCAGAUGAUAAUGAUGUGGAUGUUGAUCCACCAUCGAGGGUUAUGAGUAAACCCAGGGAAAGCACCGCGUUUGAUCCGUAUACACUGGUUGAACCAACGAAUUUAACCUCAAAUAGUCAUCCUGCGUUGCCUUCUUCAUCCACAUGUUCACCUUGUACUGCACAACCAAAGAAAGAAGACGAGAAUGAUAUACAAAUCAACGAAAUCACGUCGAGUUCGUUUGAUAACGCCGACGCUGAUAAAAAGAAAAAGAAUAUUCAAAGGAAAUUUAAUUUGCGUAGCAAUAACUCACCACAAGCACAAGCAGAGAAAACAGAAAAAUCUGCGACAUCUAGCGGUGUUGCUGGAAGUGGAAGUGGAAAUAGGCGAAGUCCACGGGAUAACGACUGCUCACGAUUAGUUGCGAUUAGUAGCGAAUCACGUGUGUUACGCGAGCGGAAAAACACAACACCGAAUACCAAUGUGACAGCGAAUAUUGCGACAGAUGUGAAAGAAAAGGAUAAAGAUAAAGCUUUCAAAAAGAAAGGUAUAAAGAAGAAGAUGGCGCUGUCGACGGACAAGAAGCGUCUACUGCAGAAUUUAUUGUUUAGUAAUAAGAAAAACGCCGUGGAUGUGGAGACGCCAUCUUCGUCAGCGUCCAGAGUACCGAAAACCAAAGAAAAUAAUAAAACACCACCAGCUAAACAACAACAACAAGCGAAUAAUAAUAAUAAUAAUAACAACACGGCAAGUACACAGGUUAUGCAUGAACAUAUCACGCGGUCAUCUGUCGGACGACGUAGUGAACGUCAGAAGAAUUUAGGCGAUGCGCCGCGGGAGAUGCGCAAAUCCACGCUGAAGCUACGCAUGCAUGAAGGUAUCUGUAAGGCGAAGCUGCGCGCACAGUCGAAGAUAAAACUCAAGCGCAAGGCAAAGUGUAUCCCGUUGAAGUACUACGUGGGUUCGUAGUUUUCAACGCCGCCAUUUUUUAUUUUUUUGAUGAUUCUUUCCCGAAUACAAUGGAAACAUGUGCCUUGCGAUAGCUUCUAUUUAAGAUUUUUGUUUUAAGAUGAAUUCAUCGUGCACGGACGCCAUUUUGUUUCGAAGGUGAAUUUGUGAAUGAAUAAUUUCGAUUUUCUAAUGUAGGUUUACGUUUGAUGGUUUUAUACUUAGACGAGCGUCGCGUUUUGUGUUUUUACAAUUAUCACCAUGUUAUAAGAUUUAGGUUAGGGCGUUUUAAAUACAUUAUACAUACAAGUAUAGAGAAUUAAUUAUAUAUUCUAUUAUAUAGUGUUGAAUAUUAUGACUAUUGUAUAUCAGAGACAGAGAUGAGAUAUUUUCAAAAUAUAUUUGUAUUUCCUCCA